GUGACGCUACAUUGGCUAAGAAGUCACACAAGAGUUAAUAAAAUAUUUCAUAAAAAUAUUCGAUGAAUAAUUUUGUUAUUUUAAGUCUUUAAUUAACACAAAUUAUUUUCAUAAAUAUUGUGAAUGUAUCGAUGUUAAUAUGGCUUCGGCUAAAUUAGAUUGGGCUAAAUAUGUGGAUGAGCAAGAGAAACUAUCGGCAAAGGUUUCCAGUUUAAAUAUUGACAAAGAACAAAAAGAAAAUGUUACAAAUACAGUUUCCAAAAAUGAUGAUGGAGCAGAUGAACAAAUUUCACCUGCAGAGAAGUCAUUACUUCAAAAAAUUAUACGUAAAGGUUUGGUAGAAACAACAAAAGAUAUAGAAAUUCAAAGAAAAGAUCCAUCUUCACCAUUAUAUAGUGUCAAAUCUUUUGAAGCUCUUCAUCUUAAACCAGCUUUAUUAAAAGGAGUAUAUGCAAUGGGAUUUAAUGCACCAUCAAAAAUUCAAGAAACUGCGUUACCCACUUUACUUGCUGAUCCGCCUCAAAAUAUGAUUGCUCAGUCGCAAUCUGGAACUGGAAAAACAGCAGCAUUUGUAUUAGCAAUGCUCAGUAGGGUCGAUACCACCAAGAAUUAUCCUCAAGUACUUUGUUUAUCUCCAACUUAUGAAUUAGCUAUACAAACAGGGGAAGUAGCAGCAAAGAUGUCUGCAUUCUGUAAUGAAAUAAAAAUAAAAUAUGCUGUAAGAGGAGAAGAAAUAAGACGUGGAUCAAAGAUUACAGAGCAUAUUAUCAUUGGAACCCCUGGAAAAGUUAUAGAUUGGGUUUUUAAAUAUAAGGUCUUCCAAUUAAGUAAAAUAUCAGUUUUUGUUUUAGAUGAAGCAGAUGUAAUGAUUGCUACACAGGGUCAUCAAGAUCAAUGUAUACGUGUUCAUAAGCAACUUCCACGCACAUGUCAAAUGAUGUUUUUUUCUGCAACUUACGAGCCAGAUGUAAUGAAAUUUGCAGAAAUCAUAGUUAACAAUCCCUUAAUAAUAAGAUUGCUAAAAGAAGAAGAAAGCUUAGAUAAUAUUAAACAAUAUUAUGUCAAAUGCAAAGACUUAUAUGAAAAAUAUACAGCUAUUACCAAUAUAUAUGGUGUAAUUACGAUAGGGCAAGCAAUUAUUUUUUGUCAUACCAGAAGUACAGCUAAUUGGUUAGCUGAAAAAAUGACAGAAGAUGGUCAUGCAGUAGCUGUUUUAUCUGGGGAACUAACAGUGGAACAAAGAAUUUCAGUUUUGGAUCGUUUUAGAGCUGGUCUUGAAAAAGUUCUUAUCACAACUAAUGUUUUGGCUAGAGGUAUUGACGUUGAACAAGUAACAAUAGUAGUUAAUUUUGAUUUACCAAUGGACCAAAAUCGACAAGCAGAUUGUGAAACAUAUUUACACAGAAUUGGUCGAGCAGGACGUUUUGGUAAAUCUGGAAUUGCCAUUAAUCUAAUAGACUCGCCGCGUGCAAUGCAAAUAUGUAACGAUAUAGAAAAACAUUUUGGAAAGAAGAUACACUAUCUCGAUGCAGAAGAUGCAGAUGAAAUAGAGAAGAUAGGGGUUUAAGCUAGUGCAUAAGGAAUACAAUUAUGCUUUUUAUCAAAUACACGCAGGUUAUAAAACUUUCUUGUAUAUGAAUUAUAAAAUAAAAAUAUUUUAACACAAUUCCUUCAAGAAAAGGAAAUAUAGA